GUUUUGUUCCUGUUUUAUAUGUUCUUGUUCCUGCAUUACACGUGCAUCUGGAAAUAUGUCCCAUUGAACCUAAAAGGGUUUCCCCCCCGAAAAGUGAUCAUUAUAGAUUAUUGCAUUAAUUUGUUGCCUUUAUUAAUUUGCCAUUUUUUUCGGAUUUUUAUUUUGACUGCCUUAUCCAUUGUCGGGAUUCUUAAAAAGGUCUCUAGUAGAAGAUGGGGGCGGACCCUACGCAAUCUGCGGGGUUUGUUUCCGUGAUCCCAGAUAACAAAGUCAUUCAAUAAAUCCUAAUUCAGGUAGAUAUAGGUUGGUGAAAUGCACAAUGUUACUGAAGAGUCGUAUAAAAAUUUUUUUUUAAAAAAAUUAGGAUGUCUUCCAGUUUGGAGACAUUAAAUACAGCAUAUCAGAAUAUAUUUUAAAUAAUUUUCUCUUGCCCAAAGAAUGGCUAAGCCAUUCAAGGUUUAGGGGACAGUGUAGAUGUCGGCGUCACCGAAUCCGGCAUUUUCCUCGGUGGGGAUCAUGGGAGUUGAAGUCCAAAACAAUUGAAGAACUCCGGGCUAGGAAGGCUACGCUGUUUCCCAUCCCUCCAGCUAUUCUUUCUCACCGCGGACUCUCUGGCCUUAUCGGAAGCUCUCCAAAUUACGGCGCUCGAGAAUAAGAAAAGGCGCUCGGCUUUGAAGUGGCUUCCGCCGCGUUUACAAGAGACAAGAACUGGCGCGUGUGAGGAAGGAGGCCCGAGCACAGCUGGGCUCGCCUUGCCCACAGCCACACCUUUAGGCGGGAAUGCGGGCGGCGGAAAGCCCGUCGCGCGUGUCGGAUCCCACCCGGGGUUUGUAGCCGCGUAGGCGUCUUCAGGGCCACGAGUCGGCCGUUGGGGUACUCCGGCACGUGCCUCCUUUUGUUUUUCAAAUAUUGCUCGGCGCUUUUGUUUUUCCCCGCGAUGAACCAGCCAGAGGUGGAGAAAGAGGGAGGACGCAACUGAGUGGUUGUUACGAGCAACCAUUCCCUCUGUGCCUUUUUUUUCUCCGCCCUCCUCAACCCUCAGGCUGGGUUUUUUUUUUUUUUGUUAUUAUAAUUUCCCUCCCCUUCCUUCAUUCACUACAGUCCAGAGUGAGAGGCGGAGUCACCACGCGUACCCGCGGGAGCGGUUGUAAGACCGCAACGCCGAGGGCGCCUGCUGUGAGCUUUUCGCCGCUGCCACAACUGAGCUCAGCGCGCGGCACGUCCCGCUUCGCUUCCCAACUCCGGGUCAUCUUCAGUGUCCCUUUUCUUUUCCUCUCUUCUUUUCUACACCGGCUGUAGUAGAAAUAUCCCCGGAUACGAGCUAGGUUCAGUUGAGAAAAUGUCUUGCCAGAAAGUUAUCCAUUUUGGGCAGCAGUUGUUUCGUCGGAAAGUGGUAGACUGUACAAGCAACGACAGCCGGCUCUCACGGUGCCUCAACACAUUUGACUUGGUUGCCCUUGGAGUAGGCAGCACUCUUGGGGCAGGGGUUUAUGUUCUUGCUGGAGCAGUGGCACAAGAAAAUGCAGGACCUGCCAUUGUCAUUUCCUUUCUGAUUGCAGCUCUGGCUUCUGUGCUGGCUGGACUUUGCUAUGGAGAAUUUGGUGCUAGAGUUCCAAAGACUGGAUCAGCAUAUCUCUAUAGUUAUGUGACUGUCGGUGAGCUGUUGGCAUUCAUUACUGGCUGGAACCUCAUUCUUUCUUAUGUCAUUGGGACAUCAAGUGUAGGCAGAGCUUGGAGUGCAACAUUUGAUGAGCUUAUAGGCGAACAUAUUGAGAAGUUCUUUAGUCGCUACAUGUCUAUGAAUGCUCCUGGUGUUCUAGCAAAAUACCCAGAUGUCUUUUCUGUUUUCAUUAUACUAAUCCUAACAGGACUUCUGACUUUUGGCGUGAAAGAAUCUGCAAUGGUUAACAAAGUGUUCACUUGUAUCAAUGUCCUCGUCUUGUGCUUUGUGAUGGUGUCAGGUUUUGUGAAAGGCUCAAUAAAAAACUGGCAGAUCCCAGAAAAUCUCUCACUUUCGGAGAAUUCCACAAAGAAUCUGCAGCAUGGCGUUGGUGGGUUUAUGCCAUAUGGUUUUUCUGGAGUUCUUUCAGGAGCAGCUACCUGCUUUUAUGCAUUUGUGGGAUUCGACUGCAUUGCCACCACAGGUGAAGAAGUAAAAAAUCCCCAGAAAGCUAUUCCAAUAGGCAUAGUGGCCUCACUUCUGAUCUGCUUUGUUGCAUAUUUUGGGGUGUCGGCUGCUCUUACUCUCAUGAUGCCUUACUAUCUGCUUGAUAAAAAUAGCCCACUGCCACUUGCUUUUAAGUAUGUGGGAUGGGAAGGAGCAAACUAUGCAGUAGCUGUUGGAUCCCUGUGUGCUCUUUCUACAAGCUUGCUUGGAUCCAUGUUUCCAAUGCCCCGGGUUAUCUACGCGAUGGCAGAAGAUGGAUUACUAUUCAAAUUUUUGUCUCGUGUCAAUGAAAGGACAAAAACCCCAAUGUUAGCUACUAUAACCUCAGGAGUUGUUGCAGCUAUCAUGGCCUUUCUCUUAGACCUCAAGGAUCUUGUAGACCUGAUGUCUAUCGGGACUCUUCUAGCUUAUUCCUUGGUGGCUGCCUGUGUCUUGGUACUAAGAUACCAACCUGAGCAGCCUAACUUGGCGUAUCAGAUGGCUAGUACUACAGAUGAGACAGACACAAAUGAGUCUGUGAGCACAAGUGAAUCUCAAACUGCAUUUCUGCCGGGAGAGGGAGAGAAAUUAUCCUUAAAAGUUAUCCUUGUCCCCCAAAAUACAAUUCCUUCCAAACUUUCGGGAUUUAUAGUGAAUGUCUCUACUUGUGUCAUAGGUUUUCUUAUUGUCAGCUUCUGUAGCUUGACUGUCCUUGGCAAGGAGGUUCUGAUCAGAGGAGCAGCGUGGGCCAUUAUCAUGCUUGUUGUCAUCUUCCUCAUCUGCUUUGUUUUCGUGGUCAUCAUUUGGAGGCAGCCUGAAAGCAAAACCAAACUCUCAUUUAAGGUUCCUUUUCUGCCUGUUCUUCCAAUCCUGAGCAUCUUUGUGAAUGUUUAUCUCAUGAUGCAGCUGGAUUGCGGUACCUGGAUACGAUUUGCCAUCUGGAUGGUCAUAGGCCUGGUUAUAUAUUUUGGCUAUGGCAUAUGGCACAGCGUAGAGGCAUCUUAUUCAGCACCAACGGAUCAAGAAAGAAGUAUGGAUAACAAUAUGGACACUUGUAAAUGA